AUGCUGCAAUUUGAAGACGUUUCGAACGAUUUAAUUCUGUGUGUUUGGGAUCAUUUAGUGGCUGCUGAUGUUAUAUAUAGUUUCUCCAAUCUUAACAGUCGUAUCAACUCGUUGUUAUCAGAAUUUUGUGGACUCUUCAAUCAGUUGGAUCUGCGUUAUUGUUCUUUACCAGCGUGUCGUUUCUUUUGUCGUCAAGUAACAAGUGUGAUUGAAUGGCGUCUCAACCUCACUGUUCUUAAAUUAGGCAAUCGUUAUCGAUGUUCUCAAACAGAUAUGUUAGCUGAGGAGAUAAUCAAAUCAUUUGUCGCAAAUCAUUUUGCAAAGAUAGAAAAACCAUAUGAUAACGUAUCGGAAGAUAUUUUUCGAAGCUUAAUAACAAAUGGCACGAACAUACCACCGAUAUUUCCUCGAUUGAUUUCUUUGGUUGUUUACCAGCCAGUACCUAUUAGUGAAGUUUAUCGAGACGUUCUAUUAUUUUCUGUAGCUAAUGGAUCAUUAUUGCGUAGUUUCACUUGGAAUUCAUGUGCUAGUCAAACUUAUCAUUCAAGCGCUUUUUUCGAUUGGCUCUUUCGAUAUUCGACUAAUCUUGUUAAUUACAAACUACAAACCGCACCAGAUACAAACGGUUUUGAGCUCAAAUAUGAUCAUGCAACUCUUAAUACUUAUAUUCCUCAUUCUUCUCUCAUCAACUUAACGAUUCACAUUCUUAACUUAUCUACACUUCAUAUACUUCUUCACUAUCUUCCUCAACUUGAGCAUUUAGAUGUGCAUGUAAGUAGUAUGUCUCAUUCAAACAAUAAUGAAGAUCAAAAAUUGAAUUAUCCAAAAAAUCUUCGCGUAAUGAAUUUGAGGUACUUUUCGAUUGAAGGACAAGACUGUAGUUGUCUUGAGCGAUUAGUCGAUAAAUUUAGCGAAACGUUAGAGAAAUUCUCUUUAUUUUUAAUUCAUUAUUGUCGUGGCGACAUUGACAUGUGUUUCAAUGGUUGUCGCCUAGCCACUCUUUGCAAGAAGCUAUCUCGUUUGCAAUCAAUUCAUUUUGCUAUUCAUAUUCCACUUAUGGAAAGAGCAACUCAUCAGAUCUUAUGUGGUUUCAUUCAAGCGUUUCGCACACCUUUUUGGCUCGAUGGACCAUUAGGCUGCAUACAAGUGUGCGUCAACUAUCAUCAAAUAAAUCGGUGCGUGCAAAUGUGUUCUCUUCCAUAUACAUUCACCGGCAGUACUCUAUUUCAUACGAUUGACCUCAUUGACGCAUUGUUUAACAACAUUGAAGAAGAAAAGCAAAUACAAACUGAUUUGUCUACAACACUUGCAUCUCUAUGGCGUGAGACAAAAUGGUUGUUUAUCUCGUUUACUGAGAAUCAAAAGAUACCAAUUUCUUUUCUUCGCGCACUUCACUGUCCAUACAGUAGAGUUUUGGUAAUAUCAUGUGAAAGAGGAAUAUUGCCAGACAAAAUAGACGACCAGCUACAACUGACACAUUUCAGUACAUUACAAUUAAACAGUUCGUUUGAUUUCGACAAUACUUAUGAUUUUGCACAAUCAAUUGCUUGGUUUCGUUUAUUACCAAAGGUAAAGUGUCUUUAUGUUAAUUCAACUGAACUAAAGCACUGGUUGACAAUUGAUCAUAACAAACAGCAGCUUCUCAAUACAUUUCUUAGACAACUUGAUCGACUGUAUAUAAACUGCUCGCCGCUUAUCAACAUAAAUCAGAAUGAAGAAAUUAUGUUACCACUUCUUUCUUUUAUUAUCAAUGCACAAUGUUUUCCCAAUUUGAAGUAUUUACGUUUUGUUAGAUGCAAAUAUAUCUCAUCAUCGUGGAUCAAUAUUAAUCAAUGGAUUGAAUUUAUUUUCCUUCAUAUUAAUGAACACCAACUUAAAUGUUUACGUUUUGAUUUUAUUGAAAAAGAAAAAGAGCUACCUGAUGUGAAAACCACUGAUGAACUUAUCAAAACGACUGAGUUUUUAUGUACUAUUAAUAUUCAACGAUUUGUAUCAGAGAAUCAUAUUUCAUAUUGGAUAGAACGAAAAUAG